AUCAUCCACUGUCAUUCAGCAGUCCUGCUUGUUGCACAUUACCUGCCAACUUCAUCAGGGUUAAUAUGAGAUUCCCUGUCCUUGUGCCACCAAGACCGGAGGUGGGCUCUUGGAUUUUACAAUUCUCUCCAUCCGGGGGACACUAAUUUUGGGGAUCUGGACGUGCUAUGGAGCCUGAAAGAUUUCUUCUUCUAUAAAAGGACUUUGCUCUGUGGUUGUGGCUGCAGGAAUCCUUAACUUUUUCUCUAGGUUGGCAAGGAGGAGACAGAGCUGAUUUCAAUAUGCCAGUACGGAGGGGGCACGUGGCCCCACAGAACACUUAUCUGGACACCAUCAUACGGAAGUUUGAAGGGCAAAGUCGCAAGUUUCUGAUUGCCAAUGCCCAAAUGGACAACUGUUCCAUUAUAUACUGCAAUGAUGGUUUCUGCGACAUGUUUGGGUACUCAAGGGUGGAGGUCAUGCAGAGACCCUGCACGUGCGACUUUUUGACCGGUCCAGAGACAACAAACAGCAGCAUCACCCAACUUACUCAAGCUCUGCUGGGGUCGGAGGAGCGUAAGCUGGAGAUCCUCUACUACAGAAAGGAAGGCUCCGGUCUGCGAUGCUUGGUAGAUGUCGUUCCAGUGAAGAACGAGGAGGGAGAUGUCAUCAUGUUUAUCCUGAACUUCGAGGACUUGGCGUUGCUCCUGGCGAGGAAGGCCAACAGAACUCUUCAUCAGCGACUGACAAGAGCUUCCCUCCGCUCAGAGAGGUCCAAAACGAAGACCAACUCCACCUCAGAGUCAGACUUACUGAAGUACAGGACCAUUAGUCAGAUCCCACAGUUCACUCUGAACUUUGUAGAAUUCAACUUAGAGAAACACCGUUCCGCCUCCACCACAGAGAUUGAGAUUGUGGCCCCCAGCAAUGCCUUUGAGAGGACCCAGAAUGUCACUGAGAAAGUCACCCAGGUUCUUUCCUUGGGGGCUGACGUGCUGCCGGAAUACAAGCUGCAGGCGCCGCGGAUUCACCGAUGGACCAUCCUCCAUUACAGCCCUUUCAAAGCAGUGUGGGACUGGCUAAUCCUGCUGCUGGUCAUCUACACCGCUGUCUUCACCCCUUACUCAGCCGCUUUCCUUCUAAACGACCAGGAGGAAGAGAGGAGCUGGGAGUGCGGCUACUCCUGCAACCCGCUCAACAUUGUGGACCUGAUUGUGGACAUUAUGUUCAUUGUGGAUAUUAUUAUAAAUUUCCGCACCACCUACGUCAACCUAAAUGAUGAGGUGGUCAGCCACCCGGCUAAUAUUGCCAUCCAUUAUUUCAAAGGCUGGUUCCUCAUAGAUAUGGUGGCAGCUAUACCCUUUGACCUGCUCAUCUACAGGACUGGGUCAGAUGAGACCACCACGUUGAUCGGCCUCCUAAAGACAGCACGACUGUUGCGAUUGGUGCGUGUGGCACGGAAGCUUGACCGGUAUUCCGAAUAUGGAGCAGCUGUGUUAUUCCUUCUUAUGUGCACUUUUGCACUCAUUGCCCAUUGGUUGGCGUGUAUCUGGUACGCCAUUGGAAAUGUAGAGCGCCCUCUCAUUGAGCAUAAAAUUGGCUGGCUGGACAAUCUUGCCGCUCAAAUUGGGAAGAGCUACAAUGAUACAGACCUUAGCUCGGGGCCUACCAUCAAGGACAAGUACGUGACUGCUCUUUAUUUCACCUUCAGCAGUCUAACCAGCGUUGGAUUUGGCAACGUCUCUCCCAACACCAACUCAGAGAAGAUCUUCUCUAUCUGCGUCAUGCUGAUUGGAUCCCUCAUGUACGCAAGCAUCUUUGGGAACGUCUCGGCUAUAAUCCAGCGUCUUUAUUCGGGCACGGCACGUUACCACACUCAGAUGUUACGGGUGAAGGAGUUCAUACGUUUCCACCAGAUCCCCAACCCACUACGGCAGCGACUGGAAGAGUACUUUCAGCAUGCCUGGUCAUACACCAAUGGCAUUGAUAUGAAUGCAGUGCUGAAAGGAUUCCCCGAGUGCCUCCAAGCAGAUAUCUGUUUGCAUCUCAACCGCACAUUGCUUCAGCAUUGCAAAGCCUUCCAUGGUGCCACAAAGGGAUGCUUACGAGCACUGGCCAUGAAAUUCCGAACUACACAUGCCCCUCCUGGAGACACAUUGGUCCACUACGGAGAUGUGCUGACCACUCUCUAUUUCAUCUCCCGUGGCUCCAUAGAGAUUCUCCGAGAAGACAUUGUGGUGGCAAUUUUGGGAAAGAAUGACAUCUUUGGUGAGCCAAUUAACCUGUAUGCCCGUCCCGGAAAAUCCAGUGCAGAUGUCAGAGCCUUGACAUAUUGUGACCUUCACAAGAUCCAAAGGGAAGACCUUCUGGAGGUCCUGGAUAUGUACCCAACUUUCACCGACAGCUUCUGGAGUAACCUGGAGAUCACUUUCAACCUCAGAGAUGCAGACAGCAUUCCCCGAUCCCCUGGAAGCGAAGAGUAUAACUGUACAUUCCGCCGCAAUCGCAGAUGCAAGCAGCCAGGGCGGCGCCAGAAGAAGCAUGAAGGGGUGGAUGAGUUGAAUUCAGACGCAGAACAGUACCAUACGUACUCAGAACUCACCAACCUGCAGAGGCCAAUGAGUCGGGAGCAGUGGGAUGAAAUGGGCAGUAGCACUACGCCCUGCUCUCAGACCAGUGAUGACGAGACCAAGCCCCUCAAUUCGGCACGAGGGGACAUACAGCCCGCUGCAGAGAAGCAAGAGUUUAUUCCUGCUGUAGUGAAUUUAGUCACAGCCAAUAUUAGUAGCAGGGAAGCGGGCAGGAAAGUUUUGAAUGGAGUGGAGACAUAUUCAGCUGCCCCUAUUGAAGUUCCCAAUUUGUUUAGUUUUUGGGGUGAAAGACACUCAGCGGGAUGCUCAGAGACCCACCAGCACAUUUCACUGGUACACAAUUCUUUGGAACCCCCACUUAGCCCAGAUGACCGACCAGGAGAGCUAGAAUCUCGUCUAGAGCUUCUCCAAGCACAAUUAGAGAGGUUGGAGACUAGGAUGUCCUCCGAUUUUAGCAUUAUUCUGCAGCUGCUUCAAAGACAACUUUCCCAGAUACCUCCUGCAUACAGCCCAGUCUCCUCCGGCUCCCAGAACCUGGGACUCUAUCAGACAACAUCCUAUAGCCUUGAACCAGUAAAGAGCAGUCCUUCAAUGCCCCCAGAGUCCCCUGUAUUUUCUCUUAAGAGUCCUUGUCUGACGGACUACAAUGACGUGGAGCCUUUGAAUAUUAAACCCAACACUUUAAAUAUUCACACUGGUUCCCAAGAAACCUCAUGUUUCACUCCUGGGAAUGGACAUGCCCCAGCCCAUAUUGGUCAACCUCCGGGAAACACUUCACAAUCAAUGCAUGGAGGCUUCCGAUUUCCUUCUCUACCUGAGAACUUGGAAUGCCCCUCUUCUCCAGAUAAGGAAUUUCAAAGACACCAUUCAGACCCAGGACUUCCAGGAAGUUAGGGCCAUUUUGUGCUGGUUAUUGAAGGAAAGCUUUUCCCUUGUUCUGGGGAAAUGGGGGGAAAGGAGAAGAUAAAUCUUGUCAUGAAAUUACCCCCCACCUUCCCAACAACCAACAUUCUAUGCAUAAAAUAAAUGUCAUGUCUGUUGGGUGAUGAAGAACGACGGGACACAGGACAAUACAUCCCCCACCUCCUAAAUAAUAUGUUAGAUACCUACAUUCUAAAAGGCACUAGACUUGUGUAAAUGGUCUCGGCUCCUGACCAAUGCCAUAACUACUAUAGAGCUACUGUACGGAGCCAGUACGGAGAUGCAGAAAAAGUCAUUCCAUGGUGUGUAUUUCACCAUACAGGGACACUCUUAUAAAAAUAAUGUUAUAUGACAUAAUUUCACAUUUAUAGAUUAUAUAUAUAUAUAUAUAUAUAUAUAUAUAUAUAUAUAUAUAUAUAUAUAUAUAUAUAUAUAUAUAUAUAUAUAUAUAUAUGUAUGUGUAUAUAUAUAUAUAUAUAUGUAUAUAUAUAAUGUAUAUGAUAUUUCUUUGUUACUUGGAAAUCUAAGAUACGUGUAACUGCAUGUUUGGAAAAAGGAAAGAUAAAGCCAUAUAUUCUUUUGCCUUCACAAGAGCCACCAUCAGAUUUGUAUCCCUGACUGUCAUGGAUAGGGCUGCUGCCUCACCCCAUUAAAACAAAACACCUAUUGACUCCA